UGUCUCUAACGUGAGACAACAUAAAGAAAAGACUUGCCAAAGAGCCUUCCACUCCCAAAUUAAAGAAAGAUGCUCUUCAGUUCUUUAGAUUACAAAACAAUGUUAUAACUAGUAACCACCCAUGUCCACCCAUGUCCUCCACCUUCCAAGCUUGUCUUAAUCCAGCACCAAGAACAGGAACAACUCAGGGAAGAAUAAGCAAAAAAGACUUAUUCCACUCUAAUCAUUAGGAGGUUUCAAAAGACUUGAUUGGCCAAGUUGAUUCAAUAGAACAGAGGCAGAGUUGAAGAAGAUAACAAGACGGUGGUGGUGGUGGUGGAGGUGGUGGUGGUGGUGGUGGUCAAGAUCAGAGGGAUUAACCAAUAUGCACGCCAAGACCGACUCAGAGGUGACAAGUUUGGCACCGUCAUCCCCGACUAGAUCCCCGAGAAGGCCUGCGUACUACGUCCAGAGCCCGUCGAGGGACUCCCACGAUGGCGAGAAGACGACGACGUCGCUCCACUCGACGCCGGUCCUCAGCCCAAUGGCCUCGCCACGGCACUCCCACUCCUCGGUGGGGCACCACUCCCGCGACUCGUCCUCGAGCCGCUUCUCCGGCGCACUGAAGCCUGGUGGUUCUGGGAAGAUUGUGAGCAAUGAUGGAGGUAAGGGUGGCCGCCGGAAGAGCGAGAAGACAUGGAAGGAGUUCACGGUCAUAGAGGAGGAAGGCCUCCUUGAGGAUGAGGAGGAGGGGAAGAGGUUUCGACGGCAGCUUUACUUCCUUGGGUUUCUCCUCUCUUUCAUUGUGAUUUUCUCUUUCUUCGCGUUGAUCCUUUGGGCGGCCAGCAGAUCGCAGGGGCCUAAAAUCACCAUGAAGAGCAUCACAUUUGAGAGCUUCAUCAUUCAAGCUGGAACUGAUGCAUCGAUGGUGCCGACCGACAUGGCUACAUUGAACUCCACCGUGAAGCUCUCAUUCCGAAAUACCGGGACCUUCUUUGGUGUUCAUGUGACCUCAACACCAUUUGAUCUCACUUACAACCAACUCACAUUGGCCAGUGGGAAUAUGAACAAAUUCUAUCAGUCAAGGAAGAGCCAUAGAACUCUCAGUGUGGUGGUGUUGGGGAGCAAGAUUCCACUCUAUGGAGGAGGGCCAAGCCUGAUGUAUUCCCCUGGGAAGACCAACAACAGUGUCCCGGUGCACCUUAGCCUUAAUUUCAUGGUGAGAUCAAGGGCCUAUGUGUUGGGGCGCCUGGUGAAGCCCAAAUUUUAUACAGGGGUCCACUGCUCUGUUGUUAUGGACCAGACCAAGCUCAACACUCUGGUCUCCCUCAAGAAAUCUUGUCAAUACUCUUGAGAACGGAUGAAGCCAUGUAAGGAGCAAGAGAAUAACGAGAACAGUACCAAAUAUGAAAGAUUAAUUCCUCGGUUGAUCCAUAGACAUAUAUGCUUGUUUCUAUGCCAAGUGGGAAGAGAGACAGCUAAAGAUCGAAGGCAGAUUGGAGAUUUCAAGUGGUAUACAUUUAUUUGUCUUCCUAAGCUUAAUUUGCAUCUCAUGUACUACAAAAAAAAAAAAAUCAAUGUUUAUCUCAUUAUUAAUUC